GGACGUGGGGCCGGUCGGCUCCGGCCUCUCCUAUCCCCAGGAUCCUCCCAACUUAGUCCAAGUCGGAGGAUCCUGGGGGUAGGGAGACCGAGGUCCGGAGGGGGAAUAGAGCGCUCGCGAGGCUCUGGGCCGGGACACCCUCAGCGUCACCGAGCUCGGAGACCAACCAGAGUUUCCCAUCAACUUUUCUCUCUGGAGCUGUGACAAGUGCCUUCCACCAGUCCGAGCUGUGAGUGGCCGGUGGAGAGAGAGGCCCACCCAGGAAGUCACCCCACCAUGAGUCUGUGGGAGCUUGAAGACGGCCACAGCUGCCGAGGGACCCCCAGGCCGGCCCAGGAGUCCACGGCUGAGGAGGCAAGGACUGCAGAGCUGCAGAUGAAGGUUGACUUCUUCCGGAAGCUGGGCUACUCAUCUGCUGAGAUCCACAGUGUCCUGCAGAAGCUGGGGGUCCAGGCAGACACCAACACUGUGCUGGGCGAGCUGGUGAAACAUGGGUCAGCGGCCGAGCGGGAACGCCAGGCAUCUCCGGACCCCUGCCCUCAGCUGCCUCUGGUCCCCCGGGGUGGGAGCAACCCCAAGGCCCCCAUCCUGGAGCCCUCUCCCCCCGAGGAGGACAAGGAGGGCAGUGACCUGAGGCCCGUGGUCAUCGAUGGGAGCAACGUGGCUAUGAGCCACGGGAACAAGGAGGUCUUCUCUUGCCGGGGUAUCCUCCUGGCGGUGAACUGGUUUCUGGAGCGGGGCCACACAGACAUCACUGUGUUUGUACCUUCUUGGAGGAAGGAGCAGCCUCGGCCCGAUGUGCCCAUCACAGACCAGCAUAUCCUGCGGGACCUGGAGAAGAAGAAGAUCCUGGUGUUCACGCCGUCCAGGCGCGUGGGUGGCAAGCGCGUGGUCUGCUAUGACGACCGCUUCAUCGUGAAGCUGGCCUUCGAGUCCGACGGCAUCGUGGUCUCUAAUGACACUUACCGGGACCUCCAGGGCGAGCGGCAGGAGUGGAAGCGCUUCAUCGAGGAGCGGCUGCUCAUGUACUCCUUCGUCAACGACAAGUUCAUGCCCCCUGAUGACCCCUUGGGCCGUCACGGGCCGAGCCUGGACAACUUCCUGCGUAAGAAGCCACUCAUGGCCGAGCACAGGAAGCAACCGUGUCCCUAUGGGAGGAAAUGCACCUAUGGGAUCAAGUGCCGAUUCUUCCACCCCGAGCGGCCAAGCCGGCCCCAGCGCUCCGUGGCUGACGAGCUCCGUGCCAACGCCCUCCUCUCGCCCCCCAGGCCGCCGAGCAAGGAGAAGAGUGGCCGGCGGCCUUCACCUUCCUCUCAGCCCGGCUCUCUGCCAACAAAGCAUGAGCAGUGCAGCCCGGAUGGGAAGAAGCCGGGGGCCCAGGCGUCCCCGGGGACUCACCGGGAAGGCCUGACACAGACCUUCACCCCGGCAGGCAGGAGCCUCCCAGCUAGUGGGGGCAGCGGCAGCGGCUUUGGGCCCUCAGACUGGUUCCCGCAGACCCCGGACUCUCUCCCGUAUACCUCCCAGGAUUGCCUGGACUCGGGCAUUGGCUCCCUGGAGAGCCAGAUGUCAGAACUCUGGGGGAUUCGAGGAGGCGGCCCUGCUGAGCCGGGCCCACCUCGGGGCCCUUAUGCCGGCUACCGCCCCUAUGGGGCCGAGCUCCCUGCCACUCAGGCCUUCUCUGCCUUCGGCCGGGCCGUGGGUGCUGGCCACUUCAGCGUCCCUGCUGACUACGCACCCCCGCCCGCUGCCUUUCCACCUCGAGAGUACUGGUCUGAGCCAUACCAGCUGCACCCACCCACCCCAGUCCUGCAGGAGCCCCGGGUGCCGGGCCCAGGGGCUGACAGGGGCCCCUGGGGCGGGGCAGGCAGCCUAGCCAAGGAGCGAGCCAGCGUGUACACCAAGCUGUGUGGCGUCUUCCCCCCGCACCUGGUGGAGGCUGUGAUGGGGCGCUUCCCACAGCUCCUGGACCCCCAGCAGCUAGCCGCCGAGAUCCUCUCCUACAAGUCCCAGCACCUCAGCGAGUAAGCCGGCCAGCCGCCCGGGCAGCACCUCCGGCCUCCGAGGGCUGCCUGGCUGGGCUUUGAGGCUGGACAGAGGGAGGCUUCAAGUAGGGAAGAGAACCCACAAACCAAAGAUACUGUACGAUUGGUUCUGGCACCUCUAGGCGUUCUGCCCGAGGGGUCAGGAGCGAUCACCCUGUUGACGCACAUUGUGUCUGUAGUUCAAGGAGACGCUGCCAGUAACGGCUGUCAGUCCGUGGCUGAGGCCCAAACCCUCCUUUCUCUCAGAGGGCGGGGAGGGAGGCAGCGGGGAGCAGAGGCCUGGGCUGGGGGCCCUCUGCACGGCCCCCCACCUCCGCCCCGUCCCUGGGAUGCCGGGCUUGGCCGGCUCGUUGGGCACCGUGUGCCCGCCCUCCGUGGGCCUUCCUCUAAGCCAAUGAGGCCCCGUCCGUGCUCUAGCGGGCACGGGGCUUCAUGUUAGUAAGCAAGAUGCUUCUUAAGAACCCACUUCCGUCCCACUCUGUGCUCCUAUCCUCUGACCACCCCGCAGGGUCAAGGGCACUCUGCCCCACCCUCUCCUCCUCCCCUCUUCCUCUGUAUUCAGAGCCAUCUCGCCCUUCCCCAAGGGGGACGUGUGUAUGUGUGUGUACAGGUGUAAAUGUUAAAUAUUUUAACUGGAAAGCCCUUGCCUCUCUUCACACACCAAUAAAGCACAAUGUGAGCCCCUCUUAAGAGGCGAUGGUCUUUGUUGCUUCCGGGUGGAGCCGGCUCCUGGGUGAUUGAUGGAAGGUCAGCAGGUGGGCACCCCGGAUCUGCCUCCACACCAGCUCCCUGACCCUUCUCUGGAAGGAGGGUUUUCUGAGUUCUACCGAGAGUGCUCUGUCCCUUGGGGUAGAGGAGUCCUUCCUGAGGCCUUGGGUCGGGCCUUGAGAGGAGGCGACUGUGGACACACGGGCAGAGUGUCAGGAAGCAGAAGCAUGAAGCUUGGAGUCCUGAGGCUGCAGCGUGGGGAAGGGGUGCUGUUGCGGGACAGUAGGGGGAUGGAUCAGGCUGGCCCCUCCGUCUGCCCCGUGACCAGAGCUGAGCGUUCCAGGAGAGCCUGUAGAGUGGGCCUAAGGGCUCAGCUCUGUCCCGUCCUCCCAGAUCUUGCCCUGCUUCAGGCCCGGAGUGGAGUAGGGGGCACUGGGGUGGAAUCAGCCUGGAGAGGCCCUGCCAGGGUAACCUCCAAGCAGGAGGUUAGGGGUCCCUGGCCCCAAACACAAGAACAGGUUCUGCCACCACGAAUGUUACCUGGGGCAAGUGACUACCCCUCUGGGUCUCAGUUUCCGCAUCUAUGAAGUGGGGAUGAUGAUGGCACCUACCUUACAGGGCUGUACCUUACAGGAGGAUGUGAGAUCAUCCGUGUUGCGUUCACCUCCACCCACCAUCUCAACCUUCCCGUCUGUCCCUGGAAGGGAAAGGGCCAGGCAGGAAUACACAAUUUUUUUUUUUUAAAUAAAUUUAUUUUCUUUAUUUUUGGCUGCGUUGGGUCUUCGUUGCUGUGCCCAGGCUUUCUCUAGCUGUGGCGAGCGGGGGCUACUCUUCAUUGCGGUGCACAGGCUUCUCAUUGCGGUGGCUUCUCUUGCUGCGGAGCACGGGCUCUAGGCACCCGGGCUUCUGUAGUUGUGGCACACGGGCUCAGUAGUUGUGGCUCGUGGGCUCUAGAGCACAGGCUCAGUAGCUGUGGCGCACGGGCUUAGUUGCUCUGUGGCACGUGGGAUUCUUCCCGGACCAGGGCUUGAACCCAUGUCCCCUGCAUUGGCAGGCGGAGUCUUUUUUUUUUUUUUUUUUUAAAUAUCUUAAAUUUUAUUUAUUUAAAAAAUUUUUUUUAACAUCUUUAUUGGAGUAUAAUUGCUUUACAAUGGUGUGUUAGUUUCUGCUUUACAACAAAGUGUGGCAGGCGGAUUCUUAACCACUGCACCACCAGGGAAGUCCUACACAAUUUUUUUUUUCAGAUAAAAAUGAGGUAUAAAUGUUAAAUAUUUUAAGUGAAAAGCUGGACAGUCAGAUGAUCCCCAAACACCAUCAGCAGUGGAAAAAAUAGUUUUAAGAAUUACAUCUUUGAACAUUUCACCCAAUUUGUACUUUCUAUUUGUGAAGCUUUUAUUGUAUCUAUUUUUUUCUAGAAACUGCUUUCCCACAGAACGGCUGUGCAGCAUGUUGUAGGAAAGGCCACCCCGGUGACCCCCCUGCACAUUAGGGUCCCACCCGCCCCCCCGCCAGUUGCUCUUGGCCCAGAACGCUCUGUAGAAGCCUGCACUUGAGGCGGGAAUCCGCGCGCACGAUGUGAUAGGGACUGCAGCAAACGUUACUUCCAAGCCCCCAGGUCGAGCUCUUCCAGGGGCUCUGUGCCUGCCGCGUCCAGCCGCCUCAGGACGCUUUACCUGCACCAGGAAAUGUCGCUGCCUCGUUUAUAAAAUAGUUUUUCCAGUCGAGAACUGUAUUCCAGAUUAAAGGCUACUUAUGGGCCUUUGUGUUUAUAGACAGGAAGCUAAAAUACCGGACUGUCCAGUUCAUUAUCAGCCGCUGACGAAGCUGAGUGACUUGCCCGAGGUCCCACGGAGGAGGACAGACGCAGGCAGGGCCUCUGCUUGGGGUCCCCUGGCCCCACAAAC